GCCAUAGGCAUCGGGAGCCUGCUCCCUUCUAGACAGGUCUUUCUUCUCCUCCUCUCCUGCUGUCCCUGCUGGGCGCCAUUCCCAAGGUGCUGCAAAUCCGGGGCCAAUCAAUCCCCUGCGCCCAAGCUCCGAGUACUCCUCCAGCAGAUGGUCCAGUGACACCGUGGCACAGGUCUGGACACACAAGAGAAAAAUCAGAAGGACACUAGUGUUACGCUUUAGACCAACAGAGCAGCAGUUUGGAACAGGGACAGAACCGAGGGUGUCGUUUGCGCCACAUUCCCACCAGAAUGGCUGACCAGCUCUAGGGCUCUGCUCCCCUUAAGCUGCUGGAGCUGUGGCCGAACCUCUGAGGUCCCACAUUCACACACUGCACUCUGGGUGCCCAGAGAGUGAGCAGGCAGCAGGCGUGGCUGCCCAGCACCUACCCAGACAUCAGACACCCUGUCUGCCCUUCUGGUUUUCUGAGACCAACAGGUUCCCGGGACGAUUUUUCCUGCUUUACAAAUGCCUGGCUCACUUCCUUUCUUUGUGAAGAUGGAGCCAUCACUUCAAACAGACUUCUGUGAUCCUCUCAGCAAAUCCUGAAAGCUGCGAGGGGAGCCAUGGACGCAACUACUCCAGCCCACACUGUUGGUGUGCAGACCUACCUAGGUCCCAUGUGGCCAGUCCCUUCCAACACCACCUCUCUGACCCUCAACUUGUCCCUCCCGCUGCAGGAAGACACCCCGGGAAACCUCACUGGGGACCUCUCUGAGCGCCAGCAGUACGUGAUCGCCCUCUUCCUCUCCUGCCUCUACACCAUCUUCCUCUUUCCCAUUGGCUUUGUGGGCAACAUCCUCAUCCUAGUGGUGAACAUCAGCUUCCGGGAGAAGAUGACCAUCCCAGACCUGUACUUCAUCAACCUGGCGGUUGCCGACCUCAUCCUGGUGGCCGACUCACUGAUCGAGGUGUUCAACCUGGAUGAGCAGUACUACGACAUCGCGGUGCUCUGCACCUUCAUGUCCCUCUUCCUGCAGAUCAACAUGUACAGCAGUGUCUUCUUCCUCACCUGGAUGAGCUUCGACAGGUACCUGGCGCUGGCCAAGGCCAUGCGCUGCAGCCUGUUCCGCACCAAGCACCACGCCCGGCUCAGCUGUGGCCUCAUCUGGAUGGCCUCAGUGUCCGCCACACUGGUGCCCUUCACAGCCGUGCACCUGAGGCACACGGAAGAGGCCUGCUUCUGCUUUGCCGACGUCAGAGAGGUACAGUGGCUGGAAGUCACACUGGGCUUCAUCGUGCCCUUCGCCAUCAUUGGCCUCUGCUACUCCCUCAUCGUGCGGGCCCUCAUCCGGGCUCACAGGCACCGUGGCCUGCGCCCACGCAGGCAGAAAGCUCUGAGGAUGAUCUUUGCCGUGGUCCUCGUCUUCUUCAUCUGCUGGCUGCCGGAGAACGUGUUCAUCAGCGUCCACCUCCUGCAAUGGACGCAACCAGGGGACACUCCCUGCAAGCAGUCUUUCCGUCAUGCUUACCCCUUGACAGGCCACAUCGUCAACCUCGCAGCGUUCUCCAACAGCUGCUUGAACCCCCUCAUCUACAGCUUCCUUGGAGAGACCUUCAGGGACAAGCUGAGGCUGUAUGUGGAGCAGAAGACGAGCCUGCCAGCCCUGAACCGCUUCUGCCACGCCGCACUCAAGGCAGUCAUUCCCGACAGCACAGAGCAGUCAGAUGUCAAGUUCAGCAGUGCUGUGUGAGAGGGAGGAGGACGACGGGGGAGAGGGCAGCCCACACCCAACACAGGUGGGAAGUCAACUGAACCACGUCAUACUCUCAAACCCCAGUGUCUUGGGGAAUGUCGCAUUGCUGGGUCAUCUCUGGGGUUGCUGGGAUCCUUCCUGACUGUCCAGCUCAAGGAUGCAGCAACCCAGAUUCAAGGGCCCAGGGCAUCAGGUCAUGUGACAUUGACUGUGAACUCAAAGGACACCAUACAACCUGCAGACCCCAGAAGAGGAUUCUGCUGUGGAUGAGUGACAACCAAAAGGAUAGGCUGCCCUAUGGGAGCAUCAGUUACAUUUCUGCUACUGAAUGCUACCUGGGUGGAGGUGUCAGAGGCAGAAUAUGUGUACCAGACCCAAGUGGCUACAUUUCCUUUGCCUAUGAUGUCUAACUGUCCAGUGCAGCAAAAGUCAAGGAAACCAGAGCCUUCUUCCUGCCUUCCGGAAGGCUGCAGGUCACCCCAGCUGCCAACUCCUGAGUGACCACCAGUGUGUCUGAGCUGAGAAAGGCCCUUUGACCCAACGCCCCCCUUCUCGGGGAUGCCCACCUCUCGCAAUGCUUGUUUACAAAGGUGAAGGAGGCUGUGGGUGCUGCUGUGCAGGUCGGGUGGGGUGCCACCAUGAGAAGUGUGGCUCAGGGACUUGCGUCUACGAAAUAAUCCUGGGAACAGUGAGGUGUAAAUGGCUCUCAUUAACAUGUAAAAAAGAAGAAAGAGAACUAAAGA